CCACGCUGGACCGGACACGGAUUAAAUCAAAUUUAUUUACAAGCAGAACAACGACAAAUUAUUGAUCGGCUACAGUCCUUGUAAGUCGGAUGUUUGAUUUGGUCCAAACCAUCUUUGUGCACGUGCGCAUAUUUGCUUUAAGCGUUGGAGAACUUUAAUUCACCAGGCAGGAAUUGCUAACGACAUGCAGUUUUGUGAUGACAUCGAGAUAUUACCUGAUGUCUCCCCUGAACGUACCUCUUGAUCCCUUUUCCAUUCUUUUUUUGUUUCCCCGCAAAGAGCCUGCCCGCAGACUAUACUGUGUUAAUCGAAUAUCAUUCUCUGCAUGUUAUUAAGCAAUAUUUACAAACAGUCAAUUACGCAGUUGACCCCUAUAUAUACUCCGCAUUCCAUAACAUUUUUCUUGCGUGUAUAAUAUAAUCAUUUCUAACCGAUAUCGAAGUUAGUGUCUAAACCUCUCUUUUACCACUCAAACAUGAAAAUAUGGCCCAUUUCUUUAUGUGGUAUGAUACGCGCGCUCGCAAAAGUUCGCAAGAGUUUAAAAAUGAAACGUUCUUUGGACAUCUUUUGCGUUUUACGAAUCCUUCACGCACUCUGGACUGUUUAUAGCUGCUGACGUCACUAGACUACGUGCAGAGGCGCACUCGUUGUAAUGUUGUUAGUCAUAUAAAGCCUAGCACGCUUCCUCCAAGUCACUUCUGAGUAAGUCUUUAACUGUCGAUCAUGUCCUCGAUUGUUAGCGCCGUGUUUAAAGCCACUAUCGGCUUACUUGUGAACAAAGGCAGAGAUAAGGCAGCAGAGAAGCUGAAAGAUGGCGAUGUGACAGAUGAGAGAAUUCGAGAGCUGAUCGUACGCGAAAUAGACGACAUCAAAUCCAAAUUGGAUGGGCUGGCAAGAAGAGAUCUUUUAACUAGUAUCAGCUACUUCAGGAGAGGUGUUGGGUGCCUUUUUGAGCUGCUCGACAAGGCAGAAAGAAGCAACCACGGUUCAACAAAGAAUCUAGACUUCGGCUUGCGCUCAAAAGCAACUGCAGCUGCAGGAAAAACGGUUUCGUUGGCCGAGGGUUUCAAAAAGUUGACACUCACUGACUUGGACGAUGAUGACAAAAGGUUACUGACGAAUUCUAAAGAAGAAUUCAAGAUAGCAUGUUUGAAAGCUACAGAAGCCUUCAACAAUGAGGCUCUAAGCACGUCUGAUCGCAUUCAAGCAAUGGUUAUUCGUGUUGCGGCGACAAUACUAGAGAGAGUUGACUAUCCGCAGGACGCCCUAACAGCAUGUAGGCUGUGCCUUGAAGAGCUUCAUUCCAUGCCUGCAGUUCAGGGCAGUUUUGCCGUCGAGUUCAAGAAAGGCUUCUGGGCUCGGUUUAGUAAGGCUGUACGCAGUGAAAUUAUUGUUACUGUCUAUCGCUUAAAUCGCGUUAUUUACGAUGUCACGCUAAUGGUGUGCGGAGACGUCAACCGUGACAUAAUCUCAAUUUGGCCUUGUGUAGACUUCAGAGGGGAAAACGUUUACGUAUUACACGACCCCAGGGUGAGGGAAAGUCUACGGAAACUGGGUGUGGGACACUAUUGGGACCCAGUUCAAUGGACUUUUGGUCAGGGGAGGCUGAAAGCUCCAGUGUGUGUUGCUUCAAACAGCGAAGGAGAGUUCAUCGUUGCAGACCGGCAGGAGGGAGUAUCGGUGUUUGAUAACACCGGUCGAAACAUGUAUUUUCUUGAAGCCCCGCCAUGGGACGUGAUUGUACAUGAUGUAAGCACAGACAACAGCGACCGCAUCUAUGUACUUAUGAAACUUUUACCCCGUUAUCCGAUAUCGGAUCUAUUUGAGUUAGACCAAAUAGAAUUCAAAUGUGCUUGGGUCUAUUGUUAUGAAAAGAACUCAAGAGAGCAUUUGAGUUACUUUCCCUUGAGGACCCUGAGGACCUUGAGGGAGCAAGCACAAUACCACUCUCUCACAGUUGGCGACAACAACAACGUGCUGGUGUUGGGUAGUGAGAUUAAGCAGUCGGGAACAGAAGUGGCCGUGUUUGAGCCUGAUGGACAGUUUGUUCGGACGUUUGGAGAAAGAAUUUUGAAGGAUGCAUUGGACAUCUCGGCUGGUAAUGAUAACCGUGUCAUGGUAUUAGACAGAGAUGGGGCCUGUGUCCAAGUGUUUAGUGAAGAUGGCAAACACCUUUUCCAUUUUCAACUUACAACAUCUUUCCGAUGUUCUAAGAUUGCAUUUAACCGAUCAACUGAUUGUGUUGUAGUCGCUGCCGAUAGAAAAGUGUUAAUAUACACCAAAAAGGGUCAGUAUAUAUACGAUUUCAAUGUUAACGCAAACAAGAUUCAAGGGAUAUCAGUGUUUGAUCAUCGCAUUGGGUUGGCUUGCACUGAUGAAAAUGGGACAUCUAAAGUACAUGUCUUGGGUCUAUAGAAUUUUUAACAAGUCUAUUAGUUAAAGAAGGGUAAAUUUCGCCACAGUAACGAAAUGUUUUUUUUUUAGAGAGUCGCUAGUGACGAAGAAGACGUUUUCGCUGAUGAAUUAGCCUAAGCUGAAAUUACAUGUAAGCAAGGCAAAACGCAAUGUAACGUACAUUAAGUUCAGUUAUUUCUUCAGGAUUGACUUGUCAAUUAAUCCUGUUGUUUUGGUCCCAAAUUCGCCCAAUAAAAUGUGAUAUAAGUU